CGCGAUAAACCGCAACCGACCAGAGGCCAGAGUGCCCCUCGGGAAUAGCUUUCAUUCGCUCCACUACAGCCGACAUGUGCGCAGCGUUCCUUCUCAACGCACUUCUGUUAUGUCUAGGUCCGGUGUGGGCACAUGCCACUCAGCCAGGGCCCGCCUUGCUGUUGGGUCGGCUGCUCGGGCCGCGCAACCACUUGACGCUGGUCGCUCACCUGGAGCAGUCACCUGGGCAGCGGCACACCGUCACCUGUCUGGAGGUGGCAGAGGCGUCGCCGACCUUCAAGUACGCCUUCCCUGUCGAAGCCCAGUUACUCCCAUUUCAUUUGUUCGCUCAGGACGCCGGUAACUGUACGGAAAACAUCUACAUCCGAAACAUUAUUGAGAGUUGGGAUGGAUCACCUGAGGCUUUGUGUGAUACCGCCUCGUUGCUUCUUAGCAACUCCAGCUUCGCUGACAUCCGUGAAAAGAAAUGCACCGGAGAGAGUGACUCUUCCUCACCGUGGGUGUACAUGCUUGGUGAACUGGGCGGUGAGCCUUCCGCAGCGUGGCUCCAAUUUCUACCGCAAGGCAUGAGUGGCCCAUCCGGUCGCGCUGACCAGAGCGUGCCACCUGAGAAGACUUCGCUGCUCCGUGAUCGCCGCUCAGAUGGUGACCUGCAAGAGCUACAGAGCUGCAUCUACGAACAUCGUGAUGCAGCACUUGCCCCAAACCAGGGUGGUGAAAUUAUCCUCGUGAUAGGAACGACCGGUGUCGGCAAAUCUACUCUAGUGAGUUUUGUAACGGACAGUGACGACAGCCUGAACUCCGUGGAGAGUUCGACGGGAAACUUCCUCAUUGAAGACAGCUCUCAUAAAAUUGGAUCCGGGAUCUCGUCUAAAACGUCAGUACCAGAGCUCAUCACGGAUAAAAGGUAGGUGCAAUACGCCGUACAAUCAUUG